GUGAAGCAGCUGUGGCAGUAACUAAUGUUAAGUCAACAAGACGUAUCGGAGUUGUUUUGUUUUUCUGUUUACAAGUUUUAUUUGAAUUUUUGCUUUUUAUAAUUUCCAAAGCGCUGUUAAUUUAUAAAUAAAUCAUAACUAUCUGCAACAACUUUUUAUCCUUAUGUGCCACAGUCGGUUGUGAAACAUGGAGGCAAAAACGGAGCUAGAAAAGAAUGCGGUCGCGACCGCCCGACGCAAAGAUCUGGAGUUUAUCCAGCGAGCAAUGGACAUCCAGUGGCUCAACAGCAGGAUGGAGGACGGCAGAAUGGGCCGCUGUCUCGCUCUCAUCCAGCGAGAGGCCGAGAUGGAGAAAGAUUUUCAGGAGAGAACCGACCAUGCUGCCAUUGUUAAUGCUCGUGCUGAGAAGGAGACCCGCCUUGGCAUAGAAAUAGCUAAAGUGGAACGAGAGGAAGCCAACAAGUUGCUGCGGAGACAUUACCUCUGGGAGAGGGACCCGGGACUAAGGGAGUUGGUCCGGAAACUGCAAGCGGGUUAUACAUGCCGAGAUCUGAAGCAGCAGAUGUUACAUAAUGAGUAUAAAAGGCUGCAAGAAAAGGCUGAAGAAAAAUACGUGAACAGCGUCCUUUCCCACGCCAUCGCCAGCGACGAGGUGGCUCGGGAAAUGGCAGAAAAGCGGAAGAUUGAGCAGAACACGAAGCACACGAAGGAGCUGCAGCAGCAGCUGGUGGACCGCCAGCGGGUGAAGCAGUGCCAGUACGAGGACACGCUCAUUGAGAAGAAGAUGCUGGACGACAUCAUGAGGACCAUGGCUGAUGAGGAUCAGAAAGAAUUGCAACACAAACGCGAACAAACAGCGAAGCUGCGCCAGGAAAUGUUUUCUUCGGCCGCGGCGCGACUCGCUUGGAGGGACAAGCAGAAGCAGAUGGUCAUCAUCGAGGAGCGACAGAUUGAGGAGCAGAAGAAAGCUGUUUCUGACCGCAUGUCUUCUAUUAUUGAAGCACGAAAUGAGAAGAUGCGUCAAAAAGAGGAGCUGAACGCUAAAAUCGCGGCUAAAAUAUUAGCUGACGAGGCGGAGCGUGCAGACCGCGAGAACAUAAUAAAACUUCUCCAAGAGCAAGAAUAUUUGGAGAAGAAUUACCAAGACGACCUCGCCGAAGCGCGCAAACUGGAAAGAGUCCGCGAAGACACCAAGACUUCGCUCACGACGCAGAUGGAGAAUAAGAAGAAGACCGCGGCAGAGCAGAGGAUCAGAGAGGCCGAGUUCAGGAAACAGUCUGAAGCGAAAAUGGCGGCGGACGACGAGAAAGAGCGCGAAAAAGAACGCAAAAAGAAGGAGAAGAGUAAACAGUAUUCACAAGAGUUGCUGAAGCAGAUAGAAGAGAAUGCUAGAAGGAGGAAGAUUGAAGCGGAGUUAGAGCAUCAACGAGCAGUGCAUGUGUUUAAAUGCCAUGAAGAAUGGUCGAAAGAAGUCAAAGAAGAACGUAAAAAGAUAAUCGAAGAGCACGCCCCACAUUUACUAGGCUAUUUACAAGCUGGAGUUCUAAAGAAGGAUGACUUGUCGGUCGUGAGCCGCGGCUGCGCGCAGCUCGGGCUGGACGCGCGCGCGCUCGCGCCCGCGCCCCGCGCACUGCAACGCUCCAAGUGCAACGCGCAGUGCAUCGUUCUCAGGGAGUAUUAGUUUGCAUGUAUACUUGUCAUAAGUUUCUCGCUGAUUUUCUAUAAAUUUUACGUAUUUCCAUUGACGUAUUUUAGCGAGUUUACAAAUGAAUUUUAUGAAAGAUGAUUGAUUUGUGGCAAAUGACACUCCAAG